GAGUAAUCAUUUGAGUGUUUUCUUGUUUAGAGUAUUUAUUGUGAUAAAAAAGAUCAAAUUUUACACUGAUCAACCGACCGGCGAACGAAGAAAGAUACGACACGUCAGUAAUUACACACGACAAACAAGACAUAAUGAAGAUAAGCUGGGUUGUAAAUGGUCUGUUGGUGCUGUUGAUGGUUGUGGAAGCUUGGGCAGGAGAAGAAGAAAAAAAGAAGAAAUUACAGAUUGGAGUAAAGAAGAGAGUAGACAACUGUAAAAUCAAAUCUAGAAAGGGAGACACUCUACACAUGCAUUACACUGGCAAAUUGGAAGAUGGUACAGAAUUUGACAGUAGUAUACCAAGGAAAGAACCAUUUGUUUUUACAUUAGGAGCUGGACAAGUUAUUAAAGGAUGGGAUCAAGGUUUACUGGGCAUGUGUGUUGGAGAAAAAAGGAAAUUAGUCAUUCCUUCAGAUAUGGGAUAUGGUGAUAGAGGAGCUCCACCAAAAAUUCCAGGUGGAGCAACACUUAUAUUUGAGGUAGAACUAUUGGAUAUAAAGAGACAAGAUGAGCUGUAGUGAUAUAUUUCUAGUCUGAAUACUUCUUGUUUCAUUUUCAUUAUGUGAGGAAAAAUUAAUGUAUAGUGCUAAAAAAUGAGUAUUCGAACAUUUUCACUUGGUUGUCUUGAUGUUUAUGGCAUAUGCUAUAUUAUGCAGUAUAUCUCAGAAACAGUGUAUCUCAACUUGUUAUAGAAAAAAUCAAGGCAAUUUAAAACUUAAAAAAUUAUUUGAGAAAUGAUUUUGUUUCAUUGUCAUUGACGUUUAUUUUCAGAGGAAUCAUUUCAUUGGUCUGACGACCAAAUAUAUGUAUUGCCUAUUCAUGCUUUAUUUGUAAAUCUACUGAUAAAAAUUUGUUAAAAAUUUAUUUUAAGUAUGAAAUUGAAAUGUUGAAAGAUAGUGAGUUCAUUUAAAAAAUAUAAAAAUCAGGUUGUAAUGGCCUUUUUUCAUGAAGAUAAAGAGUGAAUGCAGAAUAGGAAAUACAAGUAAUAAUUUGAACUGUUGCAAGUGUAUGUCAGUGUUCAUACAUCAUUUUAUUGAACUUACAAAUUUGCCUUUGUUUAUACAUAAAUUUUUUAUGAUUAAAGAGAUAUAUGAAU